AUGGUGUUUUCCUGGAGAGAAGGUCAAGUGCAGCGUCUAUUAGUCUGGCUUCUGCUCCUAGCAAUCUGUGAGGCGGGGAGCGGCCAGGUCCACUACUCGGUCUCCGAGGAGGCCAAACACGGCACCUUCGUGGGCCGCAUCGCCCAGGACCUGGGGCUGGAGCUGGCCGACCUGGUGCCCCGCCUGUUCCGAAUGGCGUCCAAAGGCCGCGGCGACCUUCUGGAGGUAAAUCUGCAGAAUGGCAUUUUGUUUGUGAAUUCUCGGAUCGACCGGGAGGAGCUGUGCGGGCGGAGCGCGGAGUGUAGCCUCCACCUGGAGGUGAUCGUGGACAGGCCGCUGCAGGUUUUCCACGUGGAGGUGGAGGUGAAGGACAUCAACGACAACCCUCCGGUAUUUCCAAUGACAUUGAAAAAAUUGUUUAUUUCCGAAUCCAGGCCGCCUGGUUCUCGGAUUCCGCUAGAGGGCGCAUCAGAUGCGGAUAUAGGAGCAAAUUCACUGUCGACAUACAAUCUGAACUCCAACGACUAUUUUACCUUGGAUGUUAAGAGAAGUGAUGAGGAGAUUAAAUCUCUUGGACUGGUGCUCAAAAAAAAUUUAAAUCGAGAGGACAUUCCAGAGCAUCACUUACUAAUAACCGCAGUUGAUGGUGGGAAGCCAGAGCUCACUGGCACUAUUCAAUUGAAAGUCACCGUUCUAGAUGUGAAUGACAAUGCUCCAGAAUUUGAGAAGACGGUUUACAAAGUCAGAUUAUUCGAGAAUGCACCAAACGGUACCAUAGUUGUGGUUGUUAACGCCUCUGACUUGGAUGAAGGAGCAAAUAAGGACAUUGUAUAUUCUUUUAAUGCUGAUACGCCAGCAGAUACUUUGUCGAAAUUUCACUUAAAUCCGGUGAGUGGUUAUAUAAGUGUGAAAGGUAAUAUAGAUUUCGAAGAAACUAAGUUAUAUGAAAUCCAGGUAGAAGCAAGAGAUAAAGGAAAUCCCCCAAUGGUAGGUCACUGUACGGUUCUAGUGGAAAUUUUGGACACCAAUGACAACAUACCUGAGUUGGUUAUCAAAUCAUUAUCAUUACCUGUAUUAGAAGAUGCUCCACAGGGCACAGUCAUCGCCCUGAUCAGUGUUUCAGAUCGCGACUCCGGUGCCAACGGGAAGGUGACCUGCAACUUGAUACCACAUAGUCCAUUCAAACUGGUCUCCACCUUUAAAAAUUACUAUUCCUUAGUGCUGGACAGCGCCUUGGACCGCGAGAACAUGGACAUCUAUGAGGUGGUGGUAACCGCGCGCGACGGGGGCUCGCCCCCGCUGUCGGCCACGGCCAGCGUGUCGGUGGAGGUGGCCGACGUGAACGACAACGCGCCCGCGUUCGCCACGACGCGCGCCCUGGACGAGGCGGACGCGCCGCGCCAGCGCCUGCUGGUGCUGGUGAAGGACCACGGCGAGCCGGCGCUCACGGCCACGGCCACCGUGCUGCUGUCGCUGGUGGAGAGCGGCGUGGCGCCCAAGGCGGCGUCGCGCGCGUCGGAGGGCGCGGCGGGCGCGCGCCUGGCGCUGGUGGACGUCAACGUGUACCUGAUCGUCGCCAUCUGCGCCGUGUCCAGCCUGCUGGUGCUGACGCUGCUGCUGUACGUGGCGCUGCGCUGCUCGGCGCCGCCCCGCGAGGGCGCGUGCGCGCCCGGGAAGCCCGCGCUGGUGUGCUCCAGCGCCGUGGGGAGCUGGUCGUGCUCGCAGCAGAGGCGGCCGCGGGUGUGCUCGGGAGAAGGGCCGCCCAAGGCUGACCUCAUGGCCUUCAGCCCCAGCCUGCCUCCGGGUCCAAUUAGUGGAAAUAGAGAGGAGCAGCUGGGUAUGGAUGUUGAUCUUUCAGCCAAAAAGGGAGAGUUAGACAUGAAUUUCCAAAUACCUACAAAAACAAAAGUGAUAAGAUUUCUUUUUAAUCUUGAGACAAGAUCCUAUAAUAAGAACAAAGCACUGAGGUUUGAGAUGGAAUUUUCCUGGGGAAGCUGUCAGGAAUCCAAGCGUCUGCUGCUCUCACUUUUGCUCCUUACAGCUUGGGAUAUGGGCAGCGGCCAGGUCCGCUACUCGGUCCCCGAGGAGGCCAAACACGGCACCUUCGUGGGCCGCAUCGCCCAGGACCUGGGGCUGGAGCUGGCCGACCUGGUGCCCCGCCUGUUCCGGGUGGCGUCCAAAGGCCGCGGCGACCUUCUGGAGGUAAAUCUGCAGAAUGGCAUUUUGUUUGUGAAUUCUCGGAUCGACCGGGAGGAGCUGUGCGGGCGGAGCGCGGAGUGUAGCCUCCACCUGGAGGUGAUCGUGGACAGGCCGCUGCAGGUUUUCCACGUGGAGGUGGAGGUGAAGGACAUCAACGACAACCCCCCUGUGUUUCCAGCGACACAAAAGAAUCUGUUUGUGGCCGAAUCCAGGCCGCUUGACUCUCGGUUUCCACUAGAGGGCGCGUCGGAUGCAGACAUUGGGGAGAACGCUCAGCUCACUUACAGGCUGAGUCCCAAUGAAUAUUUCUCGCUGGAAAAACCAUCAGAGAACAAAAGGGCCAAGCGUCUUGGGCUAGUGCUAAGGAAACCUUUAGACAGAGAAGUAUCUCCGGAACUUCAUUUAACUCUCACGGCCACUGACGGAGGCAAACCCGAGCUGACUGGCAGCGUUCAGUUACUUGUGAACGUGCUGGACGCCAAUGACAAUGCCCCAGCUUUCCAUCGAGAGCUCUAUACAGUGAAACUACCAGAAAAUGCACCUAACGGAACGUUGGUCAUUAAACUUAAUGCCUCAGAUUUAGAUGAGGGUGCGAAUGGGGAAAUUAUUUAUUCAUUUUCAAAUGAUAUUUCACCAAAUGUGAAAUCCAGGUUCUAUGUAGACCCAAAUACAGGAGAAAUUGUGGUAAACGGAAAUAUUGAUUUUGAGGAAAGCAAAUCCUAUGAAAUUCUUGUAGAAGGCAUUGACAAGGGACAGCUUCCACUCUCUGGACAUUGUACAGUUGUGGUAGAAGUCGAAGAUACUAACGAUAAUAUGCCAGUGAUAGAAUUCAAGUCACUGUCCCUCCCAAUCAGAGAGGACGCUCCAUUGGGCACGGUCAUCGCCCUGAUCAGUGUUUCUGAUCGCGACUCCAGUGCAAACGGGAAAGUGACCUGCACCGUGACACCACAUGCCCCUUUCAAGCUGGUGUCCACUUUCAAGAACUAUUAUUCGCUAGUGUUGGACCGCGCCUUGGACCGCGAGAGCGUGUCGAACUAUGAGGUGGUGAGAAGGAAAUCAGGAUCCUGGCGUCUGCUGCUCUCGCUUCUGUUCCUCACAGUCUGGGAGGAAGGCAGCGGUCAGGUCAGCUACUCGGUCAUGGAAGAGGCCAAACACGGCACCUUCGUGGGCCGCAUCGCCCAGGACCUGGGGCUGGAGCUGGCCGACCUGGUGCCCCGCCUGUUCCGGGUGGCGUCCAAAGGCCGCGGGGACCUUCUGGAGGUAAAUCUGCAGAAUGGCAUUUUGUUUGUGAAUUCUCGGAUCGACCGGGAGGAGCUGUGCGGGCGGAGCGCGGAGUGUAGCCUCCACUUGGAGGUGAUCGUGGACAGGCCGCUGCAGGUUUUCCACGUGGAGGUGGAGGUGAAGGACAUCAAUGACAAUGCGCCUAGGUUCUUAAGACAAGAACAAAGAUUAUUUAUCUUGGAGUCAAGAAUGGUGGAUUCCAGAUUUCCGCUAGAGGGCGCAUCUGACAUGGAUACCGGAGCAAAUGCCGAGUUGAGAUAUAUGUUAAGUCCUAGUGAACAUUUUGACUUGGAUGUCAAAACAAACGAAGAAGAAACAAAAUUUUUAGAGCUGGUUUUGAAGAAGCCAGUAGAUAGAGAAGAAACCCAAGAACAUCGUUUAAUACUGACUGCAAUUGAUGGAGGAAAACCAGAACUGACAGGUACAGUUCAAUUGUUGAUUAAUGUGUUAGAUGCAAAUGAUAAUGCACCAGAAUUCGACAAGUCAAUUUAUAAUGUCAGAUUAUCGGAAAAUGUACAAAAUGGAACAUUAGUUAUUAAACUGAACGCCUCAGAUGCAGAUGAGGGUAUUAAUAAGGAGGUAGUAUACCUCUUCAGUAAUCUUGUUCUAGAUAAGGUAAAAUCUAAAUUUACAAUCAAUUCUAAUAGUGGAGAAAUAAGAGUUAAGGGAAAACUGGAUUAUGAAGAUUGUAAAAUAUAUGAAAUUAAUAUUGAUGCUGUAGAUAAAAGUCCAUUCCCAUUAACUGGACACUGCAAAGUAAUAGUGAAAAUUCUGGAUGAGAAUGAUAAUACUCCAGAGAUGGUCAUAACCUCCCUAUCUCUGCCUGUCCAAGAGGAUUCUCCACUGGGCACUGUCAUUGCCCUAAUUAGCGUGUCCGAUCUUGAUUCGGGUGUCAACGGGCAGCCAGCACACUCUUUCAUUAUCGGGAUGCUGAACAAUGGCGAGCUCAUCAGGAUGGUAAAGAAAGAAUAA